AUGGACGAGACCCCGCCACAGCCUCCGCCCUCGUCCUUGGCGGGCCUCCCCUCCGCCGCGCUGCACGAGAUCCUCGCCCGCGUCCCGUGCUCGUUCGACCGCGGCCGCGUGCCCCUCGUCUCCCGCGCGUGGCGCCGGGCGAUCGCCCACUUCCCGCCCCCGGCCCCGCCGCACCCGCUCCCGUGGCUGCUCCUCCCCUCGCCCUCCGCCGAUGCCGACGUCUCCACCCGCGUCGUCUGCGUCCUCAGCGGCUGCCGCCGCGUCCACCACUACCUCACCGUCCACCCGCGCGGGGCGCGCUGCUUCGGCUCCCACGACGGCGCCUGGCUCUUCCUCGCCUUCCGCCAGUGGCGCGGCCACGAGCUCGUCAACGUCCGCACCAGGCGCGUCCACGUCCUCCCCCGUGCGCUCCAGUUCCGGAACGACCCGCGCCUCUACGGCAUUGCCAUCCUCGCCGCCGCGCUCUCGCACCCGCCGGACGACCCGCGUUGCGUCGCAGCCGGCAUCGUCGCCUACUGGUUGGACCCCGACGCCGACCCCACCGUGCCGCCGCUCCGCUGCCAUUUCGCGCUCUGGCGCAUGGGGGCACGGGUGGUCUUCGAUAUCGCGCCGCCCACGACCGAGGCGGCCUUGGAUGUGGAGGACGUCGUUUACCACGACCAAGCCUUCCAUUUCGUCACCCAGGGUGACCACAUCCGCGUGGGCAGGCCGAUCCUGUAUCAGAAUGGGGGCCUCGGUGCAGCGUGGGAGUUGCGCCGCUUCCAGCCCGGUGGGCGCACCUACGAGCAGUACGUCUACGCUCGCUACCUCGUGGUGUCCCGCGGGGAACUGCUCAUGGUCGUCAGGUUCAGGCCUCAUCCUGGUCAGCAGGCGCAGACGUCGGCGUUCAAGGUGUUCCGUGUGAUUGCACCGCAGCUUCCCGAUUACAACCUCCCUGCAGCGGUUGAGUACCCCUGGUCAUGGAGCGAGCUGCACACGCUGGGUGGCCGGAUUCUGUUCGUCGGGCGAGGCUGCUCCAGAUCCUACGAGACCAAUCAGUACCCGGGGUUCAAGGACGGCGUCUACUUCAUGGACGAUGGGGACGACAUGAUGAUCUUCCGCGAUGCCAAUGAGAGGCAGUACCCCUGCAGUGACAACGGAAUGUGGUCGGCAGGGCCACCACGCCGUGCCCAUCGCUGCUUCCCGGCGCAAGGCCCAUCGGACUACUCUUCACCGGCUUGGCUUCUCCCUAGAGGCGACAGGUUUUUGGCUACGCUAUGA